UUUUAGACUCGGAAAACUGCAGCCUGGCUGGCCGAGAAGCUGACCAAGGACGGUCAUGCCGUGGCAUUGUUGACCGGUGAUCUGACGGUGGAGCAGCGGGUGGCCAUCAUGGACCGGUUCCGUGAUGCCAAAGAGAAGGUCCUCAUAACCACCAACGUCCUCUCCCGGGGCAUCGACGUGGAACAGGUCACUGUGGUCAUCAACUUUGACCUCCCCGUGGAUCCCGAGGACAGGGAUAAGGCCGACUGCGAGACGUACCUGCACCGGAUCGGACGGACGGGGCGGUUCGGGAAGGCGGGACUCGCGAUCAACCUCGUGGACGGGCCGCGCACUAACAACCUGUUGCGACAGAUUGAGAAGCAUUUCUGGAAAACCAUCCAGAAGUUGGAUACCGAAGACAUCGACGAGAUGGAGAAGCUUAACCAGUGAAGUGUUUCAUGGCUUGGACGAAUUACACAAGCACUGGCACCAAUUUCCUCAGAGAACUGAAGAGGAUGUGAUUAUGAAUUGAAGAGGCAUUUUUUUCUACAUCUGGCAUGUGCAAAAUGUAUGGAACUGACUGGGAAUAUAUCUUGCAUGGUUUUUGUUUCUA